AGCGCGCUCCUCCCCCGCGGGCCGUGACGUCGGACGGCGGCCGGCCGAGGCCGCUCCCGGGGACGCCGCCGCCGUUGCCGCGCGACGGAGCGCGGCCUCAGUCAGAGCGGAGCAUGGGGCGGGCGCGGUGCCUGUGCGAGAUCUGCACCUGCGGGCGCCAUCGCUGCCCUCAUAGGCCCACAAGGAUUUAUGAUAACGGACAACAGCUGUGCCUCACAACAGAAUAUGGGGAAAAAUACCCCAAGUACAGCAACAUCUCUCCUGCCCGGAGCCUUAAGCCAAAGCAAGAAUACCAAGCGCAUCGUGGGAAAAUUGAAGGAAUUACAACAUUUAAAUCUGAUUAUUUACCAUAUGAUAUUGUGAAACGACCGUUUCGGGUACAAGAAGAAUAUAAACCAAAGAGUGGGGAGAUACAACUUGGAACCACGUACAAGAAAGAUUAUAAUGCUCAUAAAAUACAACCAGUGACAUUAGUAAGACCUUUAGAGAGAAAACACACUGCAGGAGGAAAAUUGGAUACCAUACCAACCUAUCAAGAUGACUAUAGGUCAUGGGAAGUUCAAAGAAGGGAACCUGUUAAAGUGGACUAUAUCUACCACCCACCUACAGAGAAGUUUGGAAAUUCUACUACAUUUCAAGAUGACUUUGUUCCUAGGGAACUGAAUCCUCGACAAAGUUUUAAACCUCUGUACAUGCCCAAACUUUCAGAUGUGCCUUUUGACAGCACUACGAGCCAUCGCACUUCCUAUAUUGCUCAUCAACUGGAACCAAAGUUUGUAAAAUCAAAAGAAGAGUACAAGCCGAGCAACCAACCCUUUGAAGAUCUCACAACGCACCGGAAUGAUUUUAAAGGGCUAUCUGGGCCACUUGCAAAAAGCUGCAAGCCUGAAAACACAAAAGUCCAAUCCAAUGAUCAUUUUAGUGGGGUCACUGAAUUCCAGGAUCGUUUCCAGCCCUGGCUGGUCUCCUUGCCGGAGGUGCGCAAAACAAAAGAGUACGUUCCUCCCCCGGGUAACAUGGAUUUUAACUCCACAAGCCGCCUUGAUUAUGUUAAACAUGAGAUUUCUCCUGCUGUCCCUAUAAGACCACUUUCUAAUGCAAGAAGAACCAGUGCCCCUUUCCAAGGGAAUACUACUAUGAAGGAAGACUUUAAAGCUUGGGCCAGCUCUCGGCAAGAAAUCAUUAAGAAACAACAGGAAAUUCCAAAGCCCACAGGAAAAUUUUAUGAUUUAACUACAUUCAAAUCUCAUUACAUACCACAUCCCAUCGUUCCAGCUCAAAGUUUCAAACCCGUACACAUCAUUCUUCCUAACUCAGCUCAUUUUCAAGAUGAAACUAUGUAUCGUGCAGCAUACACUCCAAAGAAACAAGAGAUCUGCCCAGCAAACUACCCAUCUCCUCCAGGUUACAUCUACGUCAACACAGAUUCUCACGGUCAUAAGUUUUUCCGCCAGCUCACUCCAGAGUUUUCUGAGUUAAACUGUAAUCAUGUUCCAAAGGAAGUAGCUGUUGUAUCUUAAUGCUUACAUUGUAGUGUUCCAGGUAUUUCACCAGGAUGCUUGCUAGUUUUUUUUUUUUUCCUUCAAAUUAUGUUAAAGCAAAUUAAAUAAUGCAAAUCCUGAUUUGAAGAGCAUUUAGAAUGAUAGUUUAAGGAAAAUCAAGUCAAACCAAGAGAUUAUUAGAAUACUUCUGGAGAUUUGGCUAUUUUUGUAGGAAUACUCUUAUAUGGAAUUGACCCAUUUUUGAUUGUGCCUUCCAGGUUCCUUGACUUCCCAGAUUUCAUUCUGUUCCCUCUCCAACCUGCUUUCCCUCUUCUUUCUGAUUUUCUGCAGAUCAUAUCAUUGUAGUCGCAGUUUUUGUUUAGUACUAGUUUCCUUUUCAUAGUAAUCAAAUAAAAUCUCCAAUAAUAACUCCUGUAUCCCAGUUUUUCAUCUCAUCACUACUUUGAGUAACCUGAUAAGAGCUUUAUUUUUCUUUAUAUUGGCCAAAUUAUAUUGGGCAUUUCAAGACAUUUAAGAAAAUGGGCUUAGCUUCGUUGUUAUUGCUUUUCCUCCAUCCAAUCCUGAGUAUAAGGGCCCCACUGUAAUUUCAGACAGUAAUUAACAAGAACUAACCUUGCUCUUUCUGUACGUACGCUUGAAAUCACUGACUUCAAGCAGGCCAUUACACUUCUUUUCCUAAUUUCCAGACACAAAGCUUUGGAUACACUUUGACACACUGUCUCCUUCCCACAUCAGUAAUUUUUUUUUAAGCUGUUGUGCAAAUUAAAUUCCUCAAAGAGACUUCACAGGUGACUGUUUUUUCAGGUUAAUAAUGCAUACAGCAAGAAAGAAGAGAAUAAGGCUCAAAACGUUAAUGCCCAUCCACAGCAACUUUGGAUUCUGCUGAUACCUAAAGCUGAACAGCCUUUUAACCCUGCCAAAGUUCAUCACAGAGGCACUCUGAAGAGAAAAAGGGCAGAAAACUAAAAAGGUGAAUGUAAUUAAAAAAUAGUGUAAACUCAUUAAAAAAAAGCAGGCAUUGAGAUGCACAACUGACAGCCUGGUUUCAGGCUGUUUACUCUUCAAAAGUUACUUGCAGCGAAUACAUAAAAACAACUUUCAUUAAAAUCAUACAUGAAAUGAUUAUGCUUCUAUGUGAGAUAUUUAACAUUUCCCUAUGUAUCUUUACCUGUUUUUAGUUAGUCCAACAGUCAGCGUUGGUAUAGGAAAAUUACUUGGCUUCUGAAUAACUAUGUGCUAGUAUUUCCUAAAGCAUAACAGCCAUCAAUGGGCCAAGGUCAAUGAUGAAAAGAUACUGAAAGCAGGAACUAGAUCUUAUGCAAGGAGGAAAACUGAACUGAGUGUAUUAAAGCAUCAGUUAUUUUUAGGUAAUUUUUGUCUUUGUGUUUUUGUAAUAUGAUUUACUCCGUUAAUUAAACAACGAUUCAAUUAAA